AUGGGCGACACAACCUGGACCGCGUACGUCAAACGAGGCCCCAUCACACCAACUGUGCUCCAUGAGAUCUACGCCUCCGAUCAAGCCAUGUACCCGGCGCCCCUGGCCUUCGAGCGCCUGCGAGACUGGGUAGACGUCGCCGGAACCGACUUUUCCUUCGCCGUAUACUCAGAUGCCGACCAGACAGACGGAGAAGGGGUUCUAAUCGGCGCAGUGAUCGCUCUACCCCUGCGGAAAACGAGCUGGGACGCACUGGUGAUGGGUGAACUCAAGGAGACCUCGGUGAUAGCGAGCAGGGACCUAUGGACCCCGGCCGAUUCGGAGGCGAGAUUGGGUGUCCACGUUUUCCACGUCGAGGUGUACCGGGAUUCCGUUGCGGGGCGCCAAGUCCGUGGAUUUGUGAGGCGCGCUGUUGAUGAGAUUGUCGAGACUUUUAAGGCACGGGGUGUGGUAAUGGAGGGCCUUUCAGCCCUCACGGCCACGGACCAAGGGAGGCGAUGCUUUCUGAACCUAGGCUUCGAGCCGACUGGGUAUGAGGAAGUUUGGGUCCGGAGGUCACCCGAUGGUCCAACUGAACUGGUGGUAUUCCGACAUGGUGGAGAUGAGCAGGACCAGACUCGGACGAGACCUGGGGAGGUUCUGGGACGAGCGCAGAUGAUGGUCAAGAAGACCAGGUAG